UAUUUGCCACUACUUUUCGUGCAAAAACUAAGCCAAUUUUCUUUGUUCAACAAAGCUAUUCUAAAACCAAUAGCUUUUAUCACAAGAUGAUUUCAUUUAGCCAAAACCACUAUAUUUUAGUCAUGUUCCUCGUUCUUACUGUGUGCACAUGCCACGUAAUGUCUCGCAGGUUGUCCGAGGCCUGCACAUCGGAGAGACAUGAGAAGUGGAUGACACAGUAUGGUAAGGUUUACAAGGAUGCUGCUGAAAAGGAAAAACGUUUCCAAAUAUUCAAAAACAACGUGCAGUUCAUUGAGUCAUUCAAUGCUGCUGGUGACAAACCUUUCAACCUUAGCAUUAAUCGAUUUGCGGACCUACAUAAUGAAGAAUUUAAGGCUUUACUAACUAAUGGUCACAAGAAGACACAAAGGUUGGAGACAGUAACAGAAACAUCGUUUAGGUAUGACAGUGUGAGUGUCACUGAUAUUCCUGCUACCAUGGACUGGAGGAAAAGAGGUGCUGUUACCCCUAUCAAGGACCAAGGCACAUGUCGUAGUUGUUGGGCAUUUUCGGCUGCAGCUGCGACCGAGGGUAUCCACCAAAUUACUACAGGAAAAUUAGUGUCUCUCUCUGAGCAAGAACUGGUAGAUUGUGUGAAAGGUGAAAGCAAAGGAUGCAUCGGUGGUUAUAUAGAAGAUGCCUUUGAGUUUAUUGCGAAGAAAGGAGGCAUAGAAAGUGAAACAUAUUACCCCUACAAAGGAAAUAACAAGACAUGUAAGGUUAAGAAGGAAACUCAUGGUGUAGCUCGGAUUAAAGGGUAUGAGAAAGUUCCCUCUAAUAGUGAAAAGGCACUACUGAAAGCUGUGGCACAUCAACCAGUGUCAGUUUAUAUUGAAUCUACAGGAUAUGAUUUUCAAUUUUACUCAAGUGGUAUAUUUGCAGGCAAGUGUGGAAUUAAAACAGAUCAUUGUGUUACAGUAGUUGGUUAUGGAGAAGCUCGUGGUGGCACCAAGUAUUGGCUAGUAAAGAAUUCAUGGGGCACUGAAUGGGGUGAGAAAGGGUAUAUAAGGAUGAAACGAGAUAUACUUGCUAAGGAAGGUUUGUGUGGAAUUGCUAUGUAUGCCUCUUAUCCAACUGCAUGAAUUCUGUUAUAAAUCCUUAUGUAAAUCAAUGCUUAAUUUAGUAUAUGCACGUAACCAUCAUUUCCUUUCCUAGUAAUUUGCUUGCGUUUGAUCUCAUGAUGUCUAUGUAUACGCUUAAUUUCUACUAAAUAAUGAAAACAAGUUAUUAUUUAUAACUAAU